CGAUUAAUUUACCUGAUCGCGUUUCUACUCGAUUGAUUUUGCCUGGUGACAUCAGUCGCUAGCGAUGGCUGAAGGGCCGGGGGAUCUGACUGCAGAUGGAGAGCGAGAAGGGAAAUAUGUUUCUAAAAACAGGGAUAUAUGCUCGAAAGAAGAGGAAGAGAGGCUUGAAAGACAGCAUUUCUGGAAAGUCAUAGAUGCCUUUAAAUAUUAUAGGAUUCACAUCCAGGAGCGGGUAAGCCGUGCAGAACGACAAUUCCGAAUUCUUCCGGAGCGCCAGCAGGCGCUAAUCCCAACCUUCCUGCCAAACCUGGCAAAGAUCCGCCAAUGCAUUGAUCAGAACCAGGAAGUACUUAAGGCCAUUGUACGUAAUUGUAUCCACAUGUUUGAAAACAUGGAGUACGGUGAAGAUGACGAGAUGAGGAAGGUACGGCCUUCGUCCACAUUUGACAUGGACAAACUGAAGUCAACAAUAAAGCAGUUUGUACGGGACUGGAGUGAGGCAGGCAAGGCUGAGAGAGACUCCUGCUACCAGCCGCUUAUUGAUGAGAUUCUCAAGAUUUUUCCAAGGGAAAAAUGUGAUGUGUCAAAAGUGAGAAUCCUGGUACCGGGGGCGGGGCUUGGGCGGCUCGCCUGGGAGAUUGCCCGACUGGGCUACGCCUGCCAAGGCAAUGAAUGGAGUUUCUUCAUGCUCUUCUCGUCCCACUUUGUUUUAAACAGGUGCAAUAAGGUCAACUCUUUGACCCUUUAUCCCUGGAUCCAUCAGUUCAGCAAUAACAAACGAUCGUCAGAUCAGACCCGGCCCAUUUUUUUCCCAGAUGUGAACCCUCAAAGCCUUCCAGCAGAUUCUGAAUUCUCGAUGGCGGCGGGAGAUUUCCAGGAAGUGUACACAGAACCAAAUACCUGGGAUUGUGUUACAACCUGUUUCUUUAUUGAUACUGCUCACAAUGUCAUUGACUACAUAGAAACUAUCUGGAACAUUCUUAAACCAGAUGGAGUGUGGAUUAAUUUAGGCCCGCUGCUGUACCACUUCGAAAACAUGGCCAAUGAACUGUCGAUCGAACUCAGCUAUGAGGAUGUAAAGGCAGCCAUUCUGAAGUAUGGAUUCCAGAUUGAGGUGGAGAGGGAGUCUGUCCCCACAACCUACACUGAGAAUGACCGUUCCAUGCUGAAAUACUUAUAUGACUGUGUCUUCUUUGUGGCACGGAAACCAGCUCAGAUUUAUUAUAACGGAGAUGGGAGUCAUCUUGAGGAAAACCACAGAAAGAAAGCAAGAAAUCAGAGAUAUGACAGUACAGGAACGGUCAGCUAACAAAACGACGGAAACUUGGGCAAGGAUUUUUGUAUGAGUGUUGGAAUGUACAGUACUUGGAAUAUGGAGUACCAACCAUUUUUGUCAGCUGUCCAUAAUCUUAUCCAUUUCACCCAUGAUGGGAGUGGCAGGUAUCCAUGGAAACACCUUUGUGUAAAUAAUGUUUUUUUUUUUUUUUUUUUUUUUAACUUUCAUGAUUUGUGAAAUGGUUGAUAAUAUGGCUGGGUCACAAUAGUGGUUUUUGCCUACCAGUCUGGUAAGGAUAGGUAUGUUUCUCUUGAAUGAUCGUGCCUUUUGUCAUGUUAAUAUGUAGAAAAAAUUUCUUAUUCUGAAGUGUUUCAUUCAUUGGCAUGCAUUUCAGAUGGGAAUUGUAUAUUCAACCGUGUAUUUAUUUUCUAAGGAAUGAAAAGAUAUUUUAACCUCGUCAAAAUAACAUCUGACUCGAUUCAGGAUUUCUUUAUAAUAAAGAGUUUUUUUAACUUUUUAAAA